GGACUCGUUAAAAAUAUUUGGCGAGCCGAGCUCGAGUCGAGCUCAAAAUUUUCAUAAACGAGUCAAGCUCGAGCUUGCAUAUUAAAGCUCGCGACAAAAACGAGCUUGAGCUCGAGCCUGAAAAAUAUAUUAACGAGCCGAGCCUAAACGAUGGCAAAGUUUGGCUAUGCUCGGAUCAGAUCAUUAAUAGCCCUAAAACUUAGUGACCAAAUAAAAGUCUAGAAAAACUUCUUUGAGCAAAAUGGCUAAAUCACAUAGUUCAGUGACCAUCUAUGUAAUUUUGACGAGCGACUUGAGCAAAAAGAAAACCCCGUUCUUCUAUGUUAUACAAUCCCUUACCCAGCUGCGACCUUCAUUCACACUCUUAAAACUAGUGCCAGAUUUCUUCGUCGGAGAGGCUUAACGGCGGCGAGAAAACGAGCCUAAUAUCUAGUUCAAAAAAUGUUCCGCAACCAGUACGAUACGGAUGUCACGACAUGGUCCCCGGCAGGACGGCUGUUCCAGGUGGAGUACGCGAUGGAGGCAGUGAAGCAAGGCUCCGCCGCAAUCGGGCUCCGAUCCAAGACUCACGUGGUCCUCGCCUGCGUGAACAAGGCUCAAUCCGAACUCUCUUCCCAUCAGCGGAAGAUCUUCAAGGUCGACGACCACAUCGGCGUUGCGAUUGCUGGACUCACCGCCGACGGGCGAGUUCUCUCCCGGUACAUGCGAUCCGAGUGCAUCAAUUACAGCUUCACGUACGAGUCCCCUCUCCCCGUCGGCCGUCUCGUUGUUCAGCUCGCUGAUAAGGCUCAGGUUUGCACCCAGAGGUCCUGGAAGCGGCCAUAUGGCGUGGGCCUCCUAGUAGCAGGUUUGGAUGAAUCGGGAGCACAUCUCUACUACAACUGCCCCAGUGGAAACUACUUCGAGUACCAGGCUUUUGCCAUUGGAUCCCGCUCUCAAGCUGCCAAAACCUACUUGGAGCGUAGGUUCGAGAGUUUCAAUGAUUCAUCCCGAGACGAGCUUGUAAAGGACGCUCUUAUCGCAGUCAGAGAAACUCUACAGGGAGAGACCCUCAAGAGCUCCAUCUGCACGGUUGCCGUGGUGGGAAUCAACGAGGACGGAACUAACGAGCCUUUCCAUAUUCUCGAUCAGGAUGCUGUCCAGAAGCUGAUCGAUGCUUUCGAGAUCGUGAAAGAGCCCGCAACGGAGGCUCCUGCCGCUGCUGAACCCGAGGGUGAUGCUGAUGGGGCUGGUGCUAGUGAUGCGGCGCAGGAUCCUCCUGCUCCAGCGGCCGCUGAUGAAGGGGCAGCUCCGAUGGAGAUAUGAUGAAGAUGCGAUGUUGUAGGUGAUGGUGGAUCUUUUUAGCGAUGGCUUCUGCAGGGAUUUGGUCGAGAAUGAGUGUGCGCAAGUGGGUAGUAGACUUCUUGUUUGUGGAUCUUUUGAUCAAGUUUAUGGAUCGAGUUAUUUGGUGCAGACAAUUGAAUGCUUCUUGAGAUCUAUCAAACAGUUUACUUUUGGUACACUUGAAUAUUGGAAUCAGUAGUAACCUUGAUUAUGAUCAUCACGAAACUGCCACCUUGCUGAUUAAAGGCAAGUCAAAAUUUUCGUUUUUUUUUUUUACGAUAAGAAUCCUUCUGCAUUCGGUUUACUGUUUAUUUAAUUACUAAUUGUGAAGGCAUGAUUUCUUUUGAGGCCUUCCCAAUGAUAGUAAUUUGCUAACCGCAGAAUUAUGGGGAUUGGUACUUGCACCUAAAAUGGAGUUUACUAAUGGGACGACUCAUAAUUUGUUUUGAACUCUAAUAUUUACAUGUUUGUUUGAAAUCGAAUCACUACCAGUUUGCAUAUCCAUGUAAAGAGGUUAGAUAUAAUUGAUUAGCCAGUAGCCACCCUAACACUAUUAUGGAAAGAGAGAAAAAAAUAGUCACACCGCCUUAACAAGAAUGACAACCAAACCCAUGAUCGGUGGGUAUCCCAACAUAGUUAACGUUGGAAUCUCCACAUUAACUGGGUAUGGAGCGGGUAUGAGCAAAAUGCGAUGAUUGCGGGUAUCUGACCGUGAGGAAUUUUACAAUGCUAUAUAGCAUUGGUGCUAUAGGUUUUUGCCUUUAUGGUACAACUUGAAAUUGUACGUUUGACAUUAUGGUACAGCUUCAGAUUGUACCUAUACUUUUUGUACAAAUUCUUUUUUGGUACAACUUAAACUUGUACUUUAUGUGAUGGAACAACUUCAAGUUGUAGAAUUGUACCAUAACAUAAUGCUACAAAUUCCUUUAUGGUACAACCUAAACUUAUACAUUUAAUGUUAUGGUACAACUUCAAGUUGUACAUUAAAGCACCAAUGCUAUAUAGUAUAGUAGAAGUGCUCAUCUGACCGUUCCCGUAAUCAACGCAAGAUUCUCCACAUUGACUGGGUAUGGACAACAUUUGUCAUAAGUUUGAUGAGGGUGGAGCAAGAGGCAUGAUUGCAUAACUCUAUGGUACAAAAUUUUGAACUGCCUUGUAACCUAAGCUUCAAUCCAAACCUAACCCACUUCUUGAAAGCAAAAGCCGUCUCCCUCUUCUUCUCCUGGGAUUCUGUCUGAAACUUGAGAGCCUUUUCCUUGUACAUUGUCUUAUGGUACUUCAAGAAGUGUGCUCUAUACUUGUCUUAUGGACAUCUUCUCCUCCAUUGAAUCCGUAACCUCAUUAGCUCGGGCAAUAGACUUCAUCUCUCCCCAGAGCUCUCAGUCACUUCAAUAUACUUUCCUCCGUCAGCUGCAUAAACAGUCACCAUCGAAUGGAACGUUGCUGCAUUCUUCUUCAGAGCCUUCUCAACGUCACCAAUAAACCUCUUCUUGGAAAAGAAAUGGAUCACAUUGUU